AUGAUAAUAGAUAAUAAUUUAGUUCGUCAUUUGCUUGCAUGCGAAACAACAGGAAAUGUUACUACACUAUGUUGUAAUAAAACAGGACUGUUAACAACAAAUCGUAUGACUGUUGUGCAAGUCUAUGUUGGUGAAAAGCAUUGGAAAAAUGUUGAAGAUCCAGCUAAAGUUGAAGAAAUUAUUUUGCUACCUCAUAUAAAAGAAAGUAUAAUUGAAGAUCUAUCUGUUAAUAGUAGCUAUUCAUCAAAAUUAUUAUCUCCAACAGAAGAAGACACAUUACCACAGCAAGUUGGAAAUAAAAAUGAAUGUAGUUUAUUAGGUUUUGUUGGUGCUCUUGACGGAAACUAUGAUGAAAUACGUACACGUUAUCCAGAGGAAAAAUUUGUUCAUAUUUAUAAGUUUAAUUCAGUAAGAAAAAGUGCAUCAGAAAUUAUUUUAAAAAAAUGUACAACAAUAUUAAAUCAUAAUGGAGAAGUAAUACCAUUUUCAACUGCUGAUUAUGAUCGUCUUGUACAGACAGUAAUUGAACCAAUGGCAUCUAAUGGUUUACGUACAAUAUGUUUAGCAUAUAGAGAUUUUUCAUCGCAUAGAUUACCCGAUUGGAAUGAUGAAACUAGCGUGGUGGAUCAAUUAACAUGCAUUUGUAUAUGUGGUAUUGAAGAUCCUAUUCGAUCGGAAAUACCUGAUGUUAUAGCUAAAUGCCGAAAUGCUGGUAUAACAGUAAGAAUGAUUACAGGAGAUAAUGUUAAUACAGCUAGAUCAAUUGCACUAAAAUGUGGAAUUAUAUCACAUAAUGAUAAUGCUUCAGUACUUGAAAAUCAAGAAUUUAAUAGACUUAUAAGAUCAAAAACAGAUGGAGAAGUUAAACAGAAUUUACUUGAUAAAGUUUGGCCACAUUUACGUGUACUAGCUCGUUCAUCGCCACAAGAUAAAUAUAUACUUGUAAGAGGUAUUAUGGCAUCAAAAAUCAAUCCGGCACGUGAAAUUGUUGCUGUUACUGCUAAUGGGACAAAUGAUAUUCCUUCUUUGAAAAUAGCUGAUGUCGGCUUUGCUAUGAUAAUUAAAUUUUAA